GGCACGCAGUGGAAAGCAUUUCGUUUCUUCGAUGUUACGCCCAUCAAGCUCGACGACGCCAACAUAUUAGACCAAGGUAGUGUCAGCUGUAUUACUGCUAGCCCUGACCAUGUCUAUGUUGGCUCUCCGGAUGGCACUAUACGCAUCUUGAAUCAAUCAUUCAGAACAACUCAGUCAUGGAAGGCCCAUGAAGCUGGUGCUCUAACCAAUAUCCGCCAAAUCCCCCACUCGUCGCUCCUCGUCACCCUCGCCGAAGACCUACCACACGAACCUGUCCUAAAGGUAUGGGCAUUGGAUCGCCUUGACAAGAAGACUGGCAUACCGCGCUGUCUCACUACCGUCUCUGUUACAAAUGGCAGGAAGCCUUUCCCAGUAUCAGCCUUUGCUGUCUUGCGCGACCUGUCGCAAGUUGCUGUCGGCUUCGCAAAUGGCGCUGUGACAGUAAUCAGAGGCGACUUCAUCCAUGACCGCGGAACAAAACAGCGCACUGUCCUUGAGACCGACGAACCUAUCACUGGUCUCGAGUUCAGAGAGGCCAACGUCACCACCCUUUUCAUCUCCACCACGAGUAGGAUAUCAACCCUCAUCAUUUCUGGCAAAGGUCAGGGCCAGCCCGCUCGUACACUGGAUGAACACGGUUGCGCCGUCGGCUGUCUGAUAAAAGACUUGCACUCAAACGAUAUUAUCGUUGCCCGCGACGAUGCUGUUUAUGCUUACAACCCUCGUGGAAGAGUUGCCUCGUAUGCCUAUGAAGGCCCAAAGAAGCUCACUGCCAUGUACAAGGACUAUGUUCUGCUGGUCUCGCCACCAAAGACCAUGACAAACGCUCCAACAAGAUCAUUCGGCGGUGGCCAAGCAGAUGAUCUCUUUAGCACCUCCAACUUCACCAUUCUUAAUCCCGACCUCAAACUCAUUGCACAUACCGAGGCUUUACCCAGCCAAAUAAAUGCUCUAUUCUCUGCUUGGGGUCACGUCUAUAUCGUGACACUGGAUGGCAAAGUUCUGCGUUACACUGAGAAGACCUUCCAACAGAAGCUCGAAGUUUUGUAUCAACGCGAGUUCUUUGUGGAUGCUGUCCAGCAGAAUCUUAUCUUCCGCAAGUACGGCGACUACCUCUACCGAAAAGGCGACUUUGACACUGCCAUGCAACAAUACCUUCGCGCUAUCGACAACACUGAACCAUCACAAAUCAUCCGCAAGUUCCUUGACAACCAAAGGAUACGCAAUCUGAUCGAGUAUCUGGAAGAGUUGCAUGAACAUCACAGGGCUUCUUCAGAUCACACUACGCUACUAUUGAAUUGCUAUGCGAAACUGAAAGACGUCGAAAAGCUCGAAGACUUCAUCAAGUCGCCAGGAGAUCUGAAGUUCGACCUCGACACUGCCAUUACAAUGUGUCGCCAAGGCGGUUACUCGGACCAGGCCGCGUUCCUUGCCAGGAAGCACAACGAACAUGGCUUGGUCGUAGAUAUCCUGAUCGAAGAUCUCAAGAGAUAUGCUGAAGCUUUGGCUUACAUCUGGCGUCUAGAACCUGAGCAGGCCUACGACAGUCUCACCAAGUAUGGUACUGUGCUUCUUGAACACUGUCCAGAGGAUACAAAACAACUCUUCAUCGACUACUUUACAGGAAACUUCCGACCCAAAAAGGAUGCUGUUGUGGAGCAAGAGAUCACACCGGAACAACAACAAUCUGGAGGUAUUGGCAAGAUGGCGACCUCUGCUGUGCAAAACCUAGCUGCUCUAAUACCCCUGCCAUACAUGAGCGCAGACGUACCAAGAACGCCAGGAGGUACUAAGACGACGCAACAAGUCAUCGAGACUACUGUUGAGGACGAGUAUGUUGAGUACAAGGUACCAAAGCCGAGAGCAGCAUUCUCUUCGUUCGUGGACCAUCCAGACGAGUUCAUCUCAUUCCUCGAGGCUUGCAUCGCUAGUUCCGGGCUGAAGGACGAGGACAAGACAGAUCUCUACACGACGCUGUUCGAGAUGUACCUUCAGAUUGCGAGUAAGAAAAGUGGAGAUGACAAGAGUGAAUGGGAGAGCAAAGCCAGACACCUGGUCGAGGAACAAAACACACGUAUGGGCACCUCCAACAUUCUCCUACUCUCUCAUCUCUCAAAUUUCCGAGAUGGUACCACUCUCGUAAGAGAACAGCGCGGUCUUUACUUUGAUAUCUUCCGCUCCUACACUGCCGCAAACGAUACUGCUGGCGCCAUAAAAGCCCUUCGCAAAUACGGACCUGAAGAACCACAACUCUAUCCAGCUGCACUAGCCUACUUCACCUCAACUGAAGAAAUCCUUGCCGAGGCAUCGUCCGAACUCGAUAGCGUGCUCAAGAAGAUUGACGACGACGGACUCAUGGCUCCACUCCAAGUCAUCCAGACCCUCUCGCAAAGCAAAGUCGCUACCAUGGGUCUAGUCAAAACGUACCUGUCCCGCACCAUCGAACGCGAACGCGCCGAAAUCGCCAGCAAUCGCAAACUCAUUUCCUCUUACCGCACCGAUACAGCAGCCAAAGCCAACGAACUCGAAACCUUGGCCACCAAACCUGUUUCCUUUUCGGCAACGAGAUGCUCUGCUUGUGGUGCGCCUCUGGAUUUGCCUACCGUGCAUUUCUUGUGCAAGCACUCUUUCCAUGAGAGGUGUUUGUAUGUGGGUGCUGGUGACGAAGAGUCUGAUGUCGAGUGUCCGAAGUGUGCAAAUGACAAUGCGACGGUCAAAGCUAUUAAGCGUGCUCAAGAUGAGAGUGCUGAUAGGCAUGAAUUAUUCUUGGACGCCUUAGGCAGAAGCAGAGAUAAGUUCGCUACUGUUAGCGAAUGGUUCGGUAGAGGUGUGAUGGGAAGAGGAGCUGCUAGUCUUGAGUAA